UGGCGGAAAAAACACGGACUUGGCAACCCUGCUUCCGAUGAGAGCCGCGAAAAGUGUCGCGAGAACGAGGCGGCUUCCUCUUUGCACGGAACCCGCUUCCAAGAUGUCUCUGGUCAUCCCUGAGAAGUUCCAGCACAUUCUUCGUGUCCUGAACACGAACAUCGAUGGCAGGAGGAAGAUCGCCUUCGCCAUCACUGCCAUCAAGGGUGUUGGCAGACGUUACGCCCACGUCGUCCUGAGGAAGGCCGACAUCGACCUCAACAAGAGGGCUGGAGAGCUCACCGAGGAGGAGGUUGAGAGGGUGGUGACCAUCAUGCAGAAUCCUCGCCAGUACAAAAUCCCCGACUGGUUCCUCAACAGACAGAAGGACGUCAAGGACGGCAAAUACAGCCAGGUUCUUGCCAACGGUCUGGACAACAAGCUGAGAGAGGAUCUGGAGAGGCUGAAGAAGAUCAGGGCUCACCGUGGUCUCAGGCACUUCUGGGGUCUGCGUGUGCGCGGUCAGCAUACCAAGACCACCGGCCGUCGCGGUCGCACUGUCGGUGUGUCCAAGAAGAAGUAAAAUGUCCCUGCUCCCAUUUUUGUGUCAAUAAAACACCACACUUCAUUAAA